AUGGCAUCAACAGCUCAACACGCAUCUAAAUUCCAACGUUUUUUAAAUUCAGAAACAGGUCCAAGGACUGUUCAUUUUUGGGCUCCAGUUUUUAAGUGGGCAUUGGUUAUUGCCGGUAUCAAUGAUUUGCAACGUCCGGUAGAAAAAUUAAGUGGAACCCAACAAAUUGCAUUAUUUGCUACAGGUGCCAUAUGGACUAGAUGGGCAGGAUUUGUUAUCAAACCAAGAAAUAUGCUUUUAGCCUCGGUGAAUUUCUUUUUGGGUGGUGUUGCCGGUUAUCAAUUGAUCAGAAUUGUCAACUAUAGAAGAGAAGCAGGCGACUCUCCAAUGCAAGUAUUUGACUAUAUCAUCAAUGGUAAACCAGAGGCCACAAGUAAGGAAGAGCCAACUAAAAACUAA